AAUACGGUGGCCGCGCCGUGCGGAGUCGACCGGGCUAGGCGGCGGGGCGCGGGACGGGCCGCGCCGGCCGCCAUGGGCAACCUGUUCGGUCGUAAGAAGCAGCAGAGCCGGGUCACGGAGCAGGACAAGGCCAUCCUGCAACUGAAGCAGCAGCGGGAUAAGCUGAAGCAGUACCAGAAGAGGAUCACCCAGCAGCUGGAGCGGGAGCGGGAGAUUGCCCGGCAGCUCCUGCGCGACGGCAGGAAGGAACGGGCCAAGCUGCUGCUCAAGAAGAAGCGAUACCGGGAGCAGCUCCUGGACAAGACAGAAAACCAGAUCACCAGCCUAGAGACCAUGGUCCAGAGUAUUGAGUUCACGCAGAUUGAAAUGAAGGUGAUCGAGGGGCUGCAGUUUGGAAAUGAGUGUCUGAAUAAGAUGCACCAGGUGAUGUCCAUAGAAGAGGUGGAGCGGAUCCUGGACGAGACGCAGGAGGCCGUGGAGUACCAGCGGCAAAUAGAUGAGCUGUUGGCAGGAAGCUUCACUCAGGAGGACGAAGAUGCCAUCCUGGAGGAGCUGGAUGCAAUCACUCAGGAACAGAUAGAGCUGCCAGAGGUUCCUUCAGAGCCCCUUCCUGAAAAGAUCCCAGAGAAAGUCCCCGUCAAGGCCAGGCCCCGACAGGCGGAAGUGGUGGCAGCCUCGUAACUUGUAUGGGAGUCACGGGGAUUCCAGAGGCCUGGGGCCCACAGAGUUUGGGUGCAUGUCCGGCCCUGACCGGGCUCCCAGGAGGCUGGCGCCGGGCCAGGUGGGCCGGGAGCUGCCGGAGCAGCACAGCACACACAGGGCUCCUGACCAGGAUGACUCUGCGGAGCGUUUCCCUGGCGCUGCUGUCUUGCUGUCGUUUCUGGAUUAAAUGGCAACAUUCAAACUC